AUCAUUGUAAUUCAUGUGUGUGCCUGGUUUAGUCAGAGAAUAUGUUAUAUAACAUUUACAGUAGGCUAUAGACUAUUAUAUCCAUUAACAACGUUUAAUGCUAUUCAGUACCUACAUACGAUGUAAGAUUUCGCUACAACUGACCAUAGCCAAACCUCUUCGUGUGUGGCGUAAACUCACGGUGUUCCGAACGCCAAGUAAUCGCACUAUGUUCUGAACGGUGCAACUUUUCACAUCAGCUUUGAUGUGCGUGUGCGCGUGUGCGUGUAUCAAAUUCCUUCCGUUUUCAUAAAAACGUGUUACGAGUCCAUAAGAGAUCCAUUUCAGCAUGCAGUAACAUGGUAAUGGUGAUCCACUGUGACAUUUUGGUGGGAAGCUGUUGCUGACGAGAGACCCGGGACCGGGCAGGCUUAUGUAUAAGAGAGUGAAUAGGUGUAUUUGUCUUUUUCUCUAUAAAUACUCGUCCAAUCCAGACCAAUCAAAAGUGUUUUCGUGUCUGGGAUAAGGAAUAAGCAACCAUAAACCACAUUCCUCAGGAGAAAAACGACCAUUGAACUGACGUUAAUUCUGGUGGAAGCGCCCGCGUCACCGUGCUCUGUCCUGUGAACCCAAGGAAAGGAACUAUGAGCUCCGUAAAUUGUUCUGCGGAAUUAUUGAGCAGUUGGACAGAUCACCAUGAGGGGAUCAGCACUGUUUGCCGGCCAUUUUGAGAAACUGAUCCGGCUGUCGAACUUGUUGCCGGUCAGGGCCUACCUCAGGCAGAAGAUGGCAUGGCAAUGCUGCAUGACUGGUGCGGUUCGAGGGAAGUCCACCUACGCUCCCGCGCCUGUGCUGAUGGCUGCGCCCUCCCGUGCGCUCAUAGACGAGCCCAUAAUGCUGGAGGCGCGUCACCUGACCCCGCACUGCCCCGUCACGCUGCGUGCCCACAUGCGCUGUGAGGAGGGUGACCUGUGGGAGGCGCUGGCGUAUUACUACGCAGACAGCAGUGGUGUCUUGAACCUGUCACGGGACGAGGCCCAGGGAGGGUCAUACUCUGGCUGUGAACCCAUGGGUCUGUUCUGGAGUCUGCUCCCUGCACCUGGGGGGAGAGAGGGGCUGAGGCUGAGGAAGAAGAAUGUGGAGACUCCAUACACGGUGCAGGUGUCCCUGCUGAAUGGACAUGUGUCAUCACAGGGCAUCAGGUCACAUGAUGAGGGGCAGGGAAAGGGGGAGGAGCUGGCUUCUGUGACUGUGGAACGCUGGUACAUGGCCCCUGGUGUGCGCAGGAUCGACAUUCGGGAAGAGGGGUUGGUGGGAACCAUGUUCUUACCACCAGGUCCGGGGCCGUUCCCGGCGGUUCUGGACCUCUUUGGAAUGGGUGGCGGUCUGAUAGAGUAUCGUGCCGCCCUGCUGGCAUCCCGGGGCAUGGCCAGCUUAGCUCUGGCUUACUUUGGCCACAAAGACAUUCCUGGGCCGCUUGAUGUUAUAAAUGUGGGCGACGACUACAUGCAGGCUGCAUUCCAGCUGCUGCAGAUUCACCCUCAGGUGUGCAGCAGUCAGGUGGCUGUGAUUGGCCUGUCUUUCGGGGUCUACCUUGCCCUACGCAUCGCUACUCACCUGCCUGUCAAUCCCCGGUGCAUAAUUGGAAUAAAUGGGGGAAUCGGGUGUUAUCACCAGGUCGUUCAAGUUGAUGAGAAGGUGAUAAGGUUUGGAGAGGGUAGGAUUUCCUACAGCCGUGAUGAUCCAGGGUAUGUCCAUUUUAAAGAAGCUACCCAUCCCAUUUUGCUUCCUCCCAACACUAAAGUUAAGGUGGAGAACCUCCGCUGCCCCCUGCUGCUGUUCACUUCUGAAGAUGACUGCUGCGCUGAGGUUUUGGACAAUGCAGGCGAGAUAAAGGAGAGACUGCAAGGUGCCAAUAAAUCACACCUGCUCACCUGGGUGUCAUACCCUGGUGCGGGUCACCUGAUUGAGCCUCCAUACUCACCUCAUGCCCGUACCUCACUUUGGACGAUGCGGCCCAACAAAUUGAUGGUUUUGUGGGGUGGAUACACUGCGCCUCAUGCAGCGGCUCAGGAAGACGCCUGGAAGAAGAUUCUGGAAUUCCUGGAAUGCCAUCUCAGAGGGGGGGAUUAGUCUUCAAAAUGGGGCAGCAAGGUCAAUUUCUUUGUUUUUGCUAUACACUGAUGACGUCAAAAGAUGUACAUGAGAUUUACAGAUCCGAAUUUCAGCUUUUAUUUCCUGGUAUUUUCUUUAUCUAGAUUUGUUAAACAAAUUAGAACAGAUCACCUUUUGUGUCAGACCACCCAAUCUUUAGGUGAGCAAAGGUAUUGGAACUGACAGGUGUUUUUGUUGCCCAGAUGUGUGAUGUUAGAUUGAUUGGGUAAAGAAUAAAUAGUUCUGAAUGUCUACUCUUGGUUUUAGCCUUCGGUUUUGCCUCUGAACACUGCAUUUGUGUUUGAAAAGAUAAACCAACAUGAAGACCAGAGUGCUGUCUUUUGGAGAAAAUUAAGUGAUUUUGAAGGUCAGAAAAGAGGGGGAAUCCAUUGCACACGCAUUGGGGAUAGCUUGUACAACAACUUGGAAUGUCCUGAAAAUGAAAGAAGACUUAUAGAGCAGCAAUACAGAUGCAAUAUAAGAUGCAAACCACUCAUCAGUAGUAAGAAUCGGAAGGCGAGAUUACAAUUGGCAAAGAAGGACAGAGAUGACACACAAAAAGUUCUGGAACAAAGAUUUAUGGACUGAUGAGACCAUGAUUAACCAACUAAAGUGAUGGAAAGGCCAAAGUGUCGAGAAAGAAGGGAUCUGCUCAUGAUCCAAAAUAUAAAAGCUUAUCUGUGAAGUAUGGUGUAGGAAGUGUCCUGGCUUGGGCUUGCAUGGCUGCUUCUGGAGUGGACUCAAUAAUCUUUAUUGAUGAUGGUAGCAGCAGGAUGAAUUCAGAAGUCUACAAAAACAUUAUGUCUGCCAAUUUAUGGAGAAAUGCGUCCAAACGUAUUGGGAGGAACUUCAUCAUCCAGCAAGACAAUCACCCAAAACACAUUGUCAACACAACAAAGGACUUCAUUAAGGAGAAAAAGUAGAAGGUUUUAGACUGGCCAAGUCAAUCACCGGACCUUAACCCGAUUGAGCAUACAUUUCACCUCCUGAAGAGGAGAUUGUAAGGAAAAACUCCCCAAAACAAACAACAACUGAAAGAGGCUGCAGUAAAAGCCUUGAAAAACAUCACAAAAGAAGAAUGCAAUAGUUUGGUGAUGACAAUGGGUCACAGACUUGAUGCAGUUAUUGCAAGCAAGGGAUAUGCUCCCAAAGUGUUAUUUACUUUCAUUUACUUAAAUACCCUCUGUUCCAAUACUUUUAUUCACCUUGAAAUUGGGUAGUCUGAUACCAAAGGUGCUAUGCUAGUUUAACACAACUAGGUGUAAAUACCAGGAAAUAAAAGCUUGUCUCAUGUUCAUCUUUUUAUCUCAACCAAUCCAAUACUUUUGGAGGGGACUGUAGGUAUGGCAUUUCUACUCAUGAAAUACUGUUUUGUUUCAACUCUAUUUUACAUUAUAUUUAUCCUCUCCCAUCGAGUAUUUGUGCUUUUUGGUUAUUUUCUUUUGGCCAACCAACCCCAUAACACAUGCCAACAAUCCUGUAUUGGGGCUGGUUGAGACAAGUGUGCAAAAGCUAUUUUUAUAACCACUUUGCAAUUAUGUUCUCGUUGAACCCGGCAUUCUCUUCAAACGUGUUGGAGACACAUAAGGCAACUUCGGGACGUACUGAUAGACGCACUUAGCCUCUGCUAUAAAAUCUUUUUCUUAUUUCCCCCGCUGUCAGAUGCGGUGUGUAUGCCAUGGUUUGCUGUUAAGUUUGUGCAGGAGCCAAUUUGGAUUCCAGGGCUGGUAUGUAUAAAGCUCCUGAGAGUAAAACUUUGCUCUCAAGUGCGUCAGAAUUCUGAGAAUGACGCGAUUCUGAUCUUCAUUGCACGAGUAAGAAUAAGUGCAUUGUAUAAAAUUUCUUAUGUGUUAAAAAUUGUCUUAGCUCCUAAAUUAUUGGAGAGAGCUCGGGAGGUAAGAGAUGUUGUAUAUUCUCCUACUGCACACAAUAAUAACGAAUUUCUGCUAUGAUUCGCAGAAAUUAUUUUGAAAAAAUGAAUUUAUACAUGGGUCAAAAUCUAUUUUGUGUCUACAUUUUUACUUUUUGUGACAAAGCUGUCCCUCAUAUUUGUCUGUGUGUUCCUUUUUUAAUAUAAAGUGAAUGAAGGGACAAACAAAUUGUUAACCAUACCUGUAAUGUCGUGGGGACAGCUAUAAAAUAACUGACAUGAAUCCGUCUGGUUCUCUUACUGUCACAAGUUUAUUAAUGUUCUGUAAACCCUGUAAAAUUUUGAUUUUGAUUUUAUGAUGAGCUAUAUUUGUAUGAUGAACUAGAGAGGAAAACUUGAGCAAAUUUUGGUUUGGAUCUUCAGUAGGGUACAAUAGAAUAGAAUGCACAGAAUUUGACAGCAGUGCCUGUAUGAUGAACAUUUGUAUGAUGAACUAGGAUAGUUCUACCUAGGGUAGAACAAUGAUGUCUAGGCCCAAUAUGAUUGGCAGAUGCAAAAAUUAUUAUUAUGUAUUUUUUUACUAUUUUGUUUUGUUGUGUGUGUAAAUGAAUGUAGAACUCCUAUAAUGUAAUGACAGACAGUUUGCAUUUACAUUAAACCUCAAUAAAUAUUGCUUAAUUCAU